GCUCUUUUGGACUCAUCUAAUCUGGAUUUCGAAGAACUGCAAAAUUUCGCCCGCGAUGCUGCCUCGUUUGCUACACACGGCGCCCUCUCACGCCUUGAGUUUGCUUUGAAUGCUCGUGGCCAACCGGAUGUAGCCGUCUUCGACUUUACGCGCAUGUUUGCUGCAAUGCAUGCGAGUCGGAUAUUGGAAAGUCGCAGUUUUCGUCUUCUUCAAGUUCUUGUGGGUGACAGCCUUCUUGAAGUAAGUUUAUACUUGCUUUUUUUUAUCGACAUACGCCAUAGCAACUAA